CCUUAACGCUAAUAAUAAACACCCCAAAUGCUUCAAAGCGUCGUCGCUGCCAAUGAUUCAAUGAAGAGCAAUGAAGAAGCCCAAGCAGCGAAGAAAACGAGAGAGUUGCCCAAUCUCUCAGAGUGCCAUUCGUGCCACCUGAGAGUCGACAUUGCCAACGCCAAUGCCAAGAGCAAGCUUAACGUCCUGUAUAGCGAGUGGCGCAUCGUCCUCCUCUGCAAGAAAUGCUUCUCUCGCGUCGAGUCUUCGGAGCUCUGCUCCUAUUGCUUCUCCACUUCGUUGUCCCAAGAAUCUUUCUCUUGCCGCCAGUGUAACCGGAGAGUCCACAGGCAUUGCGAUUCCGAGUACCAAAGCGUUGUGCUCCUGUCCGAUUCUUCUUCGGCCACGGAGUUUUAGAUCUGCGCCGAUUGCCGGAUUCCGGAGUCGCUGGUCAAGUGGAGAGGGGUUGUGAGCAAUAGGAAGGGUCGGAGGACUGGAAAGAGAAGAGUUGGUUUGGGAUUGGGUAAAUCUAGGGUUUCGGCCAUGGUGGAUGACGGGGAAAUUGAUGAUGCCUUUGGUGGCGAAGAGGGCUCAAACAGUAGGAGGGAUGAGGAUGCUGCUGUUGAUGAUGAUGGGCCCUCGAAGGAAGGAGAAGUGAGCUGCUCCAAUGGUGUUGACUUGGAGUCUCCGACUUUCUGUAAACAAGAGGAAUGUAUCUGUAUUUCCACGCCAAAGGAGCAAAGCUGCAAUGCAAGGGUUGAUCCCUUUUAUUUCAAGUAUAGGAAAAGGAGCACUCUUGAUUGCUAUGUGUUGACAUACAAGAAGAGAAGGCCCAAAAACCUCAACCCAAGAGCGCUUGACAUUGAAGAAGAGAGUGAAGAUGAUGAUGGGCCGUUGAAGGAAGGAGAAGUGAGCUGCUCCAAUGGUGUUGACUUGGAGUCUCCAACUUUCUGUAAACAAGAGCAAGAGGAAUGUAUCUGUAUUACCACGCCAAAGGAGCAAAGGUGCAAUGCAAAGCUUGAUCCUUUCUUUUUCAAGUAUAGGAAAAGGAGCACUCUUGAUCGCUAUGUGUUAACAUACAAGAAGAGAAGGCCCAAAAACCUCAACGCUUCUUCUAUGUUAACAUAUAAGAGAAGGAAACCCAAAAGCCUCUAUGCUUGUUAUACAUUUACGUAUAAGAGGAGGAGACCCAGAAUUCUGUAUGCUCGUUCAACUGGUACAUCUUGAGACCUGUACUGAAUCUUGAUAGCUACAGCAUUUGGUUGGCAAUGGCAUUAUGCAGAAUCGAGAUGGUGGGUAUGAAUGAUCAUCAGAUCAGCUGUUUGGUUGAGUGGGAAAUAUGGAUCAUCAUUACAUUCACACACCAGCUGCAACCUUGGACGACGAUGAUGAUGUUGAGGAAACAGCAACACUCAGCCACACUCAAAAUUCGGCGGCCAGCAGCUGCAGCAGCAGGCUCUCUCAUCUUCCGACAGGAGGAGAAGAUGAAGAAGAUCCAACGACUCUGAUCAGGGUGAGGGCCCAACAACAUCCUCCUGUCACCUACUUGAUGGGACCCAACUCGUUGCUCCAACAUGUCUUGCGAAGCUACGAUACAGUAACUCUCUUCUCUAUGAAUCAAAGCGUUUCCUUCACAAUGGGAAUAGGUUUCGCCAAAACCACACUCCGGCUGAUUUGGGAAUGGAGGACGGUGAUGCCAUUGAUGCAAUGUCCCACAUGUUGGGUGGUGGGGCUGCUGUUACUUAAUUAAACCCAUAUCUUUGUGUAACGUACUAUUUAGUAUUUAGUAUUUACUUUGUGUUGCUUUGCUCGCUAAUUUGAUUUAAUUUUUUUUAA